GCAGGGAUACACCCACCGCCAUGGAAUCCUGCUGUAACGCCAGGUGCGGGCUGAUCGCAGGGGCUGUGAUCGGGGCUGUGGUGGCCGUGUUGGGAGGCAUCCUGAUCCCAGUGGGGGACAUCAUCAUUGAGGAGACCGUCAAGAAGGAAUCCGUCAUUGAGCCCGGGACGCCGGCGUACGAAAACUGGGUGUCAACGGGGGCCAGCGUGUACAGGCAGAUUUGGUUCUUUGACGUGCAGAACCCCCAGGAGGUGGUGGAGCGGGGUGUCAGUCCGGUGCUGGUGGAGAAAGGACCUUAUACCUACACGGUCGGAUAUUUACCCAAAGCCAACAUCACGUUCAACGCCAAUCACACCGUCUCCUUCCUGAUGCCCCUGGGGGCCAUCUUUGUGCCGAGGAUGUCCGUGGGAUCAGAGAACGACACCAUCACCUCGCUCAACUUGGCUGUGGCCGGGGCUUACACGCUGGUUCCCAAACUACUUCACACCAUCCUGGAGACCAUGAUCAGGUCCAGCAACUCCUCCUUGUUCCAGCGCCGCACUGUCAAGGAGCUGCUGUGGGGCUACCAAGACCCCAUGUUGAAAGAAGUCGUGGGGCUCUUCUCGCCUUAUAACGGCACCUACGACGGCUACUACAACAUCCACAGCGGCAAGGACGACGUCUCCAAGGUGGGCAUCAUCGACAUGUGGAAAGGAUCCAAGAGCCUCAGUUUCUGGAACGACGCGUACUGCGACAUGAUCAACGGCACAACCGCUUCAUCCUUCCCGCCCUUUGUGGACCGCACCAAGCCGCUCUACUUCUUCUCAGCAGACAUCUGCAGGUCUGUGGCGGCCCUCUACGAGCAGACCAUGGACCUGAAGGGCAUCCCCGUGUACCGCUUUGGCCUCCCGUCCUCCACCUUCGCCUCGCCGGCCGUCAACCCUGCCAACCACUGCUACUGCAAGGACGUGAAGACCACCAAGAACUGCACCAUAGCCGGGGUGCUGGACAUGAGCUCCUGUCAAGACGGAAAUCCCAUCUACAUGUCUCUGCCACACUUCCUGUACGGUAGUCCGUCCCUGCAGGAGGCCAUGCGGGGCCUCCGGCCCAGUGAGGAGCACCAUUCCACCUUCCUGGAUGUGGAACCCAUGACCGGAUUCACCCUCAGGUUUUCCAAGAAAAUCCAAGUGAAUAUGAUGUACGGACCAUCCAAGGUCAUCACGGUGCUGAAGAAAGUCAAGGACUACACCAUCUUCCCCGUCGUCUGGAUGAACGAGUCGGCGGAGUUGGACGACGAAACGGCGGACUUGCUCAAGAAGGAGCUGGUGGGCAGCAUCCAGAUGCUGGACAUCAUCCAGAAGACGAUGCUGGGCUGCGGCGUGGCCGUCUUCGUCGUUUGCCUUAUCGCGUACUGCGUGGUCCGGAGGAAACACAACAGGACGCAGAUCGCCUGAGCCAAUCAAAAAGCUGCUGUGGGACAUUUUCAUAUUGACUUGCACUUUUUCAAAACGUAUAAUUUCAGUGUUAUUAUUUAUAAUGUUGAUACUGUGAUUUUUGUAAAGCGCUAAAACAAUCAGGGAUUUGGAGGUCAGGUUAUUAAUCCUUUAAUGCUCCAGCUAAAGCUAAUGUUUUUAUGCUUUGCUUGACU